AUGAUGGAAAAUAAUUCAAUAUCCCAAUCGAUAUCAACACAAAAUCAAUGCUUAUUAAUUGAAUCAGUGGAAAACAGAAAAGAUUCUAACAUUGAAGAUAUUGUGAUUAUAUGUCUUGAUGAAAAUGCAAAUCAUCAAACGGAAAUCUUUAAUGAGUUAAUCGAUAUCGUUUAUAGUUUCCAGUUAUUCACUAAUGCUGAUGAAUGUAUCGAUUAUAUAAUAUCAAUUUCUCUAACAAAACAUGUAUUGCUCAUUUUAUUUUCCCAUCAAUUUAUUUAUUCAUAUAUUGAUCAAUUACCAAAAAUUCGAUCUGUUUAUAUACUUACAAAUUCUAUCGAAUACGAAAAAGUUCAAAAUGCUUUUUCCGAUAAACAACUACUUUUGAAUAAAUUAAAUAAUGACGUUAAAUUAUUUUCGAAUCAACUUUCACUACCUAUGACAUUCUUUAACAAUAUCGAUGAUAAUGUUAAAGAAAAAUCUGUUAAAGAUUUAUCAAAAGAAAGUCAAUAUUUUAUGUAUAUGCAUUUAUUUAUCGAAAUUUUAUUACAUCAUUUACAGCGAAACGAAGCAGAACAAGAGUUCUUAGAUGAAGUUCGUCGAUGUUAUGACGGUAAUCAAAAACAAUUGAAAACCAUUGAUCAAUUUAAACAAGAUUAUAAUCCAAAUCAAGCUAUUCGAUGGUAUACACGUGAUUGUUUCUUAUAUCGUUUAUUAAAUCAAGCAUUAAGAAAUCAAGAUUUUGAUGUAAUCUACAAAUUUCGAUAUAUUAUCAAAGAUUUACAUGAACAAUUAAAACAAUUAUAUAAUAAACAAGCAUUGGAACCAGAAAGGUUCAAUAUUGUUUAUCGUGGUCAAUUUAUGCAUAAAAAUGAACUAAAAGUUUUCGAAGCCAAUCAAAACAAAUUGGUGUCAUUCAAUACAUUUUUAUCAACUACAUUAGAUAAAGACGUGGCAUCGGGUUUUAUUCCAGGUGGAUGUGCAGGAGAUAUAGUUCCUGUUUUAUUUGAAAUAAGUAUUCCGAAUAGUAGUUUUGAAUCAACACCAUAUGCUUGCAUUGAAAAAUAUAGUUUCAUGGAAGAAGAACGAGAGAUUUUAUUUUCAAUGGAUUGUAUCUUUCGAAUUGAUGCAGUGCAACAAUCGGCAAUUAAUGAUGGGCCAUAUUCCAUAAAAUUAAUAUUAACUAAUCAGCAUGAAGGAGAAAAUGUACUCAAAGCUUUAACAGAUUAUAUGAAAAAACAAAUGUAUAAUAAUGUGAACGAUUUGGGAGCAUUAGGAUUUCUAAUGUCAUCAAUGGGUCAUUAUGAUAAAGCUAAACAUUAUUAUGAACUGCUAUUGAGAAAUCUAUCGCCAAAUAGUCCACUUAUUCCUACUUUAUACAAUAAUAUUGGAACACUUUAUAUAUGGCAAGGCAAACGUACAGAAGCUCUUCACUAUUAUGAGGAAGCACUUAGAAUUGCAUUAAAAAUUUUGCCCAAGAAUCAUCCAGAUACUGCCGCAACAUAUCAUCAUAUUGCAGUAGUACAUCAUGAUGAAGCUAACUAUGCUAAUGCUUUAGAUUAUUACAGACAAGCACUUGAUACUCAAUUAAAAUGUUUACCUGAAAAUCAUUUAGACAUUGCAGCCGUAUGUAAUAGCAUUGGGGAUAUAUAUUGUAGUUUGGGUAAUUAUAAUGAAGCUUUACAAUAUAUGAAGAGAACACUUGGAAUUCGUUUAGCAUCUUUACCCGAGAAUCAUCCUGAUAUUGCAAAAAUAUAUGCUGAUAUUGGUUUAGUUUAUCAAAAGCAAGGAGAUUUUAAAAACGCUUUAGAGCAUCUUGAAAACGCACUUAGAAUUGAAUCGAAAUGUUUGCCUGAUAAUCAUCCAAAUCUUGCAAGGACAUACCACCGUAUGGGAUCCAUUCAUCGCAGUCUCGGCAACUAUACUGAAGCACUGAAAUCUAUGAAUAAAUCAAUCGAAAUUCGAUUCAAAUCUUCAUCGGAAGACUAUAAUGCAAUUGCAAUGACAUAUAAUGAGAUUGCGCAAGUCCACGCGUAUUUAGGUAAUCAUACUGAGGCCAUGAAUUAUUACAAAAAAACGCAUAGCAUUACACUUAUGUCCUUCUCUGAAAAUCAUAUAGGCUUCGCAAAUUUAUACAAUAACAUGGCAAUAGAGUAUAAAGAUCAACAAGAUUAUAGCGAAGCCUUAAAUUAUUUCAAGAAAGCUAUUGAAAUUCAAGCCAAGUUUUUGCCGCGAAAUCAUCCAGAUGUCGCAUCAUUUUACAGCAAUAUUGGAAGUGUUCACCAAGCGCAAGGCAAUUAUUCAGAGGCUUUGAAAUAUUUCGAGAAAGCACUUGCUAUUCGACUGGAAUCUUUAUCUGAAAAUCAUCCAGAUAUUGGGGAUUCCUAUAGUAAUAUUAGCGUUAUCUAUUUUUUCGGCCAUAGUGACUAUACUGAAGCCUUAAAAUAUCAAGAAAAAGGUCUUCAAAUUCUACUAAAAUGUUUACCGGAACAUCAUCCAAAGAUUAUUGAUGGAUAUCAAAAUAUGGGAACAAUUCAUAAAAUGCAAGGUAACUAUGACAAAGCUUUACAAUAUUUCGAACAAUCGUUGGAAAUUCAACUAAGAUCAUUACCUAAAAAUCAUCCAGAUAUUGCAAGUACAUAUAAUAGGAUUUUAGAAAUUUGUAUAAAACAAGGCAAUUCUACCAAACUUAAGGAGUAUAAUAAAAAAGUUAUUAACAUCGAACUAGAAUCGUUGGCUGAUAAUCAGUCUUCUUUUGUUGCAAAAUUUAUCAACAUGACAGGAAACAAUCCAGAUCGAAAUAACUAUAUUGAUGAUGUGAAACAUUUACAGGAAGAACUCAAAGGUAAAAUAAGAAUUUUACUUAAAAAUCUUCCAGACAUUACAAAAAUACAUAAUAACAACGAAGUAAUUGAUUCAAAUCAAGAUAAAUUUGCUGAAGCUUUGAAAUAUUGUAAUGAGCUGCGUGUUAUUCAAUUAUCAAAUGCACCUGAAAAUAUGCUGGAUGUCGCCAAUACUUUUAAUAUGUUUGGAGUCAUUUACAAACGACAGGGCAAUUAUUCUAAAGCAAUAGAUUAUUAUACAAAAACUCUUACAAUUCAAUUAACGUUCUUGCCUGAAAAUCAUUUAGAUCUUGCAAGAACAUAUUGGAAUAUCGGUAAUCUUCAUAGUUGUCAAGGGAAUGAAGUUAAAGCUAGGGAAGAAUGGAAUAAUGGUUUAAAUAUUGUACUCGCAUCUUCAGAAGUAGACGAUCAAUUGAUGAAUGGUUUAUUAAACAAAUUAUUGUCUCCAUGA